CCACUGCUCCUCAAGAUGAACCCUGUUCAUAAGCAAGUCCCAGUGUUGAUCCACAACGGCAAACCGGUGUGCGAGUCACUCAUCAUUGUUCAGUACAUCGAUGAAGUAUGGAAUCACAAAUCUCCAUUGUUGCCUUCUGAUCCUCACCAGCUAGCUCAAGCCAGGUUCUGGGCUGAUUAUGUUGACAAGAAGAUAUAUAGUGGUGGGAAGUUGAUGUGGUCGUCCACAGGUGAAGCCCAAGAAGCAGCAAAGAAUGACCUCAUUGGGUGCUUGAAGCUGUUGGAAGGAGAGCUUGGAGACAAGCCUUAUUUUGGGGGUGACACCUUUGGCUUUGUGGAUGUGGCACUGAUCCCAUUUUACAACUUUUUCUAUACAACUGAGCAGCUUGGCAACUUCAGGACUGUGGCAGAGUGCCCUAAACUUGUUGCUUGGGGUCAUAGGUGUAUGGAAAAGGAGUGUGUGUCCAAGUCACUUCCUGACCACCACAAGCUCUCUGACUACUCAACAUCAUCAAACAUCAAC